UGUGUGUGUGUGAGAACUGAGCAGAGGUGAAGAAGAGGAGGAUGAAGCUGGGAACGGAGGAUGGGAGGAAGAGUGGAAUAAGCGACAGGCUAGCUAUCAAGGGCUGUGUAUGCAUGCCUGCAAGUGUGAAUGCGUGAGUGAGGAAGAGGGAGGUGGUUAUCGGACUGAAACAAAGACGCAUUUUGGAACCCCGAAACAUUAACGGAAACUUUAAACUUUUACCAGCCAGAGCUUGGCAACUGUGCCGGGUCCCGGCUUUGUUUCGAGGCAGGGGAGGUUUACAAUAAAUGUAGGGAUAAAAUAGCCCCAGAUCGAAUUUUUUUUUUACGCAAGAGGGGAAUCCCUUGGAUAGUGUUUAUUGGGGGUAACGAGAGAAUGGCGGCCAACAUGUACCGAGUGGGAGAUUACGUGUACUUUGAGAAUUCCUCCAGCAACCCUUACCUGAUCCGCAGAAUAGAAGAGCUCAACAAGACGGCCAAUGGGAACGUGGAAGCCAAGGUGGUGUGUCUGUUUCGGAGGAGGGACAUCUCGGGCAACCUCAACACUCUGGCCGACAGCAACGCAAGAGACUUUGAGGAGGAGUCCAAGCAGCCCACAGUGUCUGAACAGCAGAAACACCAGCUGAAACACAGAGAACUCUUCCUCUCUCGGCAGUUUGAGUCUUUACCAGCCACUCACAUAAGGGGGAAAUGUAACGUUACACUCCUCAACGAAACAGACGUCCUCGCCGGGUACCUGGAGAAAGAGGAGUGUUUCUUCUAUUCGCUGGUGUUUGACCCGGUCCAGAAGACCCUGCUGGCGGACCAAGGAGAGAUUCGGGUGGGCUCCAAGUACCAGGCCGAGAUCCCCGACAAGUUAGCCGAAGGUGAAGAAGACACCCGUAUUCAGGAGAAGCUGGAGGUCAAGGUGUGGCACCCCGACAACCAGCUCAAAGACCCACAGAUCGACCAGUUUCUGGUGGUGGCUCGUGCUGUGGGGACGUUUGCCCGAGCCCUGGACUGCAGCAGCUCUAUCCGUCAACCCAGCCUGCAUAUGAGUGCUGCGGCCGCCUCCCGAGACAUCACGCUGUUCCACGCGAUGGAUACCCUGCAGAAAAAUGACUACGACCUGGCCAAGGCCAUGUCCACGCUGGUGCCUCAGGGCGGGCCCGUGCUCUGCCGUGACGAGAUGGAGGAGUGGAGCGCCUCGGAGGCCAUGCUGUUCGAAGAGGCCCUGGAGAAAUAUGGCAAGGACUUCAACGACAUCCGCCAGGACUUUUUGCCAUGGAAGUCACUAGCCAGCGUGGUUCAGUUCUACUACAUGUGGAAAACCACCGACCGCUACAUUCAACAGAAACGACUCAAGGCAGCGGAAGCAGACAGCAAGCUGAAGCAGGUUUACAUCCCCACCUACACCAAGCCCAACCCCAACCAGAUCAUGGCUCCUGGUAACAAGCCUGGCAUGAACGGGGCCGCUGGCUUCCAGAAAGGACUGAGCUGUGAGAGUUGCCGUACCGCCCAGUCAGCACAGUGGUACGCGUGGGGUCCUCCCAACAUGCAGUGCAGACUGUGUGCAUCCUGCUGGAUCUACUGGAAGAAGUACGGAGGCCUGAAGACCCCCACACAGCUAGAGGGGGCCGCAAGAUCUGGCUCAGAGUCAACCCCCCGAGGUCACAUGACCCGCCAGGAAGUGCAGGGCCUGUCACCGUUCACGACUAGUGGGGGGCGGGCCAAGCUGCUGGCCAAAAACCGGCAGACGUUCAUCCUGCAGACCACCAAGCUGACGCGCAUCGCCCGCCGUGUCUGCACUGACAUCCUGCAGCCCCGCAGCGCCGCACGCCGCCCCUACGCCUCCAUCAACGCCAAUGCCGUCAAGGCCGAGUGUAUGAUAAGGCUGCCUAAAGCGACCAAGGCCCCUAUAAAGAACUGCUCGAUCCCUCGACCACCGCUGGCCACCAUAGUGAAGGAACUGGCCAUCCAGGCUCCACUCAAGCUGAAGGCCCCCAGAGGCACCCCCACCCCCAUCAACCGCAACCAGGCCAACCAGCCCCGCGGGGGAUCGGCCCUGCUUGGGAAGAGGCCCUUUGACAGCAGCGCGUUGGCACUGCCGUUCCCCACCAAUGGGAGGCCGUUCACAUCAGGCAUGAGGACCACCUCUCAGUCAGUGAUCAAGCGUCAGAAAGUGAACCAAGGAGAUGCGCCAAACCCUGUGGUUUUUGUUGCUACUAAAUACACCAGGGCUCUGAGGAAACACCUGACCCAGUCUGAGAUGCGACGGGCAGCCAGGAAACCACACCUCCCCGUCAGGGUCAAGCUGCCCUUGCCUCCCCGGCCCCUGGCUUUAGCCAUUCUGCCCUCCAGCACCAGCGAGCCCAUCGUCCUGGAGGACUAACCCCCCCCCCCCACCCCCACCACCCCACUGCGAAACAGGGAGGGCGCACCACCGCGCACCAACCUGCUAGUGUAGCAGCACAACCCCAUACCAGUAGUUGUUUUCUCUCGUCGUAUUUUUUAAAUCUCGUCUUCUGUUCUGUUACCUCCCAAAAGCUGACGUGCUGCCACACACACACACACACACACACACACACACACACACACACACACACACACACACACGCACA